AUGGACCAGGCUCUGGUUCUGGACGGGUCCACCUGCAGCCUUUACCCCAGCUCCGCUCCAUCUUCCUGGCCGGUUCCGGACCCGGUCCCCGGCACCGCUCCGCUCUGGUCCUGGUUCUGCUCCUGGGAUCCACUGGGCCCGGUGCGGCCCCCAUACUCGUACUCAGCCCUUAUUGCCAUGGCGAUCCAGAGCUCGCCCAAUCAGAGGCUGACGCUGAGCCAGAUCUACAGCUUCGUGUCGACCCAUUUCCCGUUCUACGACCGCAACCGGGCCGGCUGGCAGAACUCCAUCCGCCACAACCUGUCGCUCAACGACUGCUUCAGGAAGGUCGCCCGCGGCGAUGACGACCCAGGUAAGGGCAGCUACUGGACUCUGGACCCGGACUGCGGGAAGAGGUUCGACAACGGCAGCUUCCGCCGCAGGAGGAAGAGGAAGUCUGACAGGGAUCCAUCAUCAUCAUCAUCAGAGCCCAGCUCCAAAUGUCCCAGCAUGCACUGCAGCAGCUCUGCUCUUCCUCACUCUGACUCCUCCUCUUCAUCGCUGAACUUCCUGGUUCCAGACUCCACUCCUCCUCCUCUUCCUCUUCCUCCUCCUCUUCCCGUCUUCCCCCCAGCCCAGUGGACUCCCCCCCCACUCUCCUGCCUGGCCGACCAUCAGGCCUGCAUGGAGCCCGGUUCCGGUUCUGAUCCGGGUUUCUCCGAGUUCUUCAGCGAUGCUCUGCUGCUCGACUUUCUGCUCCUUCAGUGA